AUGAAUAUUCUCUCUAUAAAUAUUCGCGGUAUUGCUGGGGCUGCUAAGGCUUCAUGGGUUAAAGACAUUAGAAUUUUCAACAAGGUCAGUGCUAUUGCUUUGCAAGAGUCGAAGGUCGGAUCAGUCAGGAUUUCUGAUCUGAUGGGUUUUUGGGAAAACAGGGAUUUUGAGUUCUCUUCUUCGGCGACUGUGGGUUUACCGGGUGGUCUGAUAUGGAUAUGGGAUCCAAAAAUUUUGAGAAUUGAUUUUGUGGUUCAGGAAAGAAGUAUUCUUAUUUUGAGGGGCAAAUUGGCUGGGGGUGGUGAUCGGGUUAAUUUAGUUAACGUGUACGCCCCUCAAAGUACCUCGGCUAAAUCUCAACUAUGGAUGGAUAUUUCUGCCUGUAUUAAUCCGUUGGAAGGAAAGUGGAUCAUAGCUGGGGAUUUUAAUGCGGUGCGGAAUCCCGAUGAAAGAAAAAAUACUAGUUUCAAACGGGUUUGUGCGGAAAACUUUAAUAGUUUUAUAUUCGAAAAUGGUUUGCUCGAAGUGUUGCCUAACAGACACUCUGAUCACUGUCUGGCUCUUUUGGAGAUUGUGGAUCUUAAAUACGGGCCUCGUCCUUUUAGAGUGUUUCAUUCCUGGAUUGGUAAGCCGGGUUUUGAGGAAGCUGUUGAGAAAUUUGAGCCUCACGAGCCCCCUGAUGUCAGCCUUUCGGCGAAGUUUGCUAGUAUUAGAGCUCGCCUUAAAAUUUGGAGAGAUGAGUUUCUCCUCAAAGAAAGAGAAAUAGAGAGGUUGGCGUUAUCGGAAUUAGAAUCUUUGGAAUAUGAAAUGGAAACUAGGAAUCUUACUGAAGAAGAAGAGUGGAUUUUGGUGGAAAAUAGGAGGCUUGUUAGAGAAGUGGAAAUCAGAAGGUCCUCAGAUCUCAAGCAAAGAGCUCGUUUAAAGUUGGCGAUGGAUGUGGAUGAGAAUUCUAAGUUUUUACAUGCUGUGGUUAACGGUAGAAAAGCUUCGAAUUCGAUUCAUGGCCUUAACGUAAAUGGUGAGUGGUGUACUAAACCGAAUUCUGUCAAAAAGCACGUUCUUUCGUUUUUUAGAGACAAAUUUAGAGAAGAGUAUCCAGUUCGUCCUGAGAUGUUGUGUAGCAAUCUCAAAAAGAUUUCAGAUUCGAAGAGUGAGAUGUUGACGACAGUUUUAUCCGAUUCCGAAAUUAAGGAUGCAGUUUUCGGUUGUGGCGACGAUAGGCUCCUGGUCCUGACGGAAUGA